UUUCGCGUCGCUCCCAUUGAACGUCGUGGAGUUUCCACGGCAACGGGCUUAGCGGCCUAGCAGGGAAGGCUUCGAGGGCCAUGGCGAUGGCGGCGUCUUCCGGAGGCGCCGGCGACGGUGUUCGCACUAGUUCCAAAUGGCUGGAUGCCUACUACGAUCCUGUCGCCAAUUUGCACACCUUUUCCUCAUGUGUCACUCUGGCUGACCUGCACGGGGAUGGAGACCACAAGUUAGUGGUGGGCAAUUUUGGCUCGACAGGCCACGAGAUGAAGCUGAAGGUCUACCAGGGUACCACCCUCUUGAGUGAAAACACCCUGCCGGAUUUACCCACGAGCGUGGUGUCCUUUCUGAUGGAGCUACACGAGCCCCGCAUGCCAGCCUUGGCUGUGGCUUCUGGGCCGUAUAUCUACGUCUACAAGAAUCUGCGUCCCUACUUCAAAUUUACUCUGCCGCCAAUGGAGCCCAACCCGAUGGAGAAAGUGGUCUGGGAUCAGGCAAAGGAGGAAAAGGUUGAUCUUCUGUCAAUGAAAGAGUUGCUGGAAGGCAUCAGAGAAAAUGCCGAAAUGCCCCUCUCGGUGCAGUCUUUGAGGUUCCUGACCCUCGACCUCCCUGAGAUGGAGUCCUUUGUGAACCAGCAUAAGUUCCAGCCCAUCAAACGCCAGACGGUGAUCACUUGUAUGGCCACUUUGAAGAAGAACCGGGUGGAAGAGGACGCGAUCAGCUGCUUGGUGGUCGGGACGGAGAACAUGGAAAUCCUGAUCCUGGACCCUGAAGCUUUCACCAUCUUGUCAAAAGUGGCCAUACCAAGCGUGCCCGCCUUUCUGGACGUCGCAGGCCAGUUUGACGUGGAAUACUACCUCACUGUGGCAUGUCGGAACGGUAGCAUUUACAUCCUUCGCAGGGACUCCAAACGGCCCAAAUACUGCAUCGAACUGAGCUCCCAGGCUGUGGGUUUGGUUCGAGUCCAGAAGAACAUCAUGGUGGCUUGCUCAGAUGAGACGCUGCGAGGCUACAACCAGAAGGGGAAGAAACUCUGGGCAGUGACGUUAUUGGCGACCCCCAUCACUUUGGGCCUCAUGGAUGAGAAAUUGCAGAGUUUCCAGGCUGCGUUGGUGUCGCUGGCCAACAGCGAAAUUCAUGUUUACCGCGAUAAGAACCUCGUGAACGUCAUCCAGGUGCCGGACGUCGUCACCAGCAUCGCUUUUGGCCACUACGGACGAGAGGACAACACCCUCAUCAUGACAACCAAAGGUGGGGGCCUUAUCAUCAAGAUCUUGAAACGCACCAGCACUUUCCAUAAGGGGGACGCCACGGCCGGUGUUCCUGUUGCCCAGAGCACCAAACUCAACGUGCCCAAGAAAACAAAACUCUACGUGGACCAGACACUGCGGGAACGAGAAUGUGGAGUGGCCAUGCACCAAGUCUUUCAGACGGACCUCAGCCGCAUCCGUCUCACGGCGGCCCGUGCCUACGUCCGGGCGCUGGAAUGCAGCAUGACCCCCAUCUCGGAGUCCCUGGAGGAGCCACUCAAGCUGAACGCAGUGGUACAGGGCAUGGGCCCCACUUUCAAACUGUGUCUUAACCUCCAGAACAUGUCCGAGAAUCGCGCGAUAGCAAAUCUUCUCAUUUGUUUCAUUUACGAUGAAAACCAUUAUUCCGUCGAACAGCCGUUCUUCAAGGCUCCGAUGUUGAUCCCGGGACUGAAUUAUCCUUUAUCCACCUUUGUCGAGUGUCUCAGCGACCAAGCGAUCUCGGAUGUUAUCAAGGUGUUUGUGCUCAAGGAAGGCAACAGCCAGCCGCUGCUGACGGCCCAUAUUAGCAUGCCCGUGAGCGAAGGCUUGGCAGCUACGUGAAGCGCCUCCGGAGGGGAGACCCGAGCUCUCCUCCGUCUCGGCGCAGUCUUUCUUGACCGUCUCGGCACAGCAACUGGGAACUGGGGGAGAGAGGCGUCCGAACGCUGGAACAACUUGCCUCUUCCCAAAUGUGGGAAGAAGAUUCCCGUCUGCUGCUAAGGAGCAACAGCCCACACACAGAGAGAGAGAGAGACCAGGUUAGAAUUAGCUACCGAACAGCAGUUGGCUAGAACAGCUCAAUAAAUUAUAUUUCUCCUGCCGUCUAAAGUAAAGGAGCAUUCCCUGUUUAACAGGAACAGAAUAGAAAAUAGAAUGGAAUGGAAUGGAAUAUUGAUUCUUGAUGAACGUAUCUUUUCUUUUAUGUACACUGAAAGCAUAUGCACCAAAGACAAAUUCCUUGUGGGUCCAAUCACACUUGGCCAAUAAAUAAUUCUAUUGUAGAAUAGAAUAGAAUAGAAUAGAAUAGAAUAGAAUAGAAUAGAAUAGAAUAGAAUAGAAUAGAAUAGAAUAGAAUAGAAUAGAAUGUCUCUAUCUCUCUCUGUCUUUCUGUCUGUCUCUCUCUGUCUUCUGUCUGUCUCUGUGUCUCUCUGUCUGUCUCUCUCUCUCUGUCUGUCUCUCUCUCUGUCUUUCUCUCUCUCUGUCUCUCUUUCUCUGUCUCUGUCUUUCUUUCUCUCUCUCUCUCUCUCUCUUUGUCUCUCUUUCUGUCUGUCUGUCUGUCUGUCUGUCUCUCUCUCUCUCCCCCCCCCCUUUCUGCCAUCUGUCACUUAAACCUUUCUUUUUUUCCUUCCUAUUUUCUAGAGGUGGCUUCCUCUCCCCCUCCUCCUCCUCCUCCUCCUCCUCCUCCUUUUUGCAACGAAAGCCUGGCAGCUUUUCUCCCUCUGUGUGGGCUUAAAAAAAAAACAAAAAACAAAUUCACACCCUUUUUCACAUCAGGGUGUGAAUUCGAAAAGCUGACAGUCAUCGUCUUCCUAGCAGUAACAGUCUGGUUUAUGAGAAGAGAGCUCAUUUCCCUUCCAUCCCAAAGCCUCUUGUUUCUCUUGCACUUUCUGGGCAUUUAUUCAGCCUCCGUUCCCCCACCCCUGCCACUCCCGUUCCUCCCCCCCCCAUUUCAACCCCUUUAAAAUUGAUCCAACUUGGGGACCUGGCUCCCAAGAACAGCCUUAAGGCUUGCUGCUUGAAAAGCGGCAUCAUGGCAGUCAACUCAGCAAAGAUAAUUCAACAAGAUCAGAUGUUCUAGACAGAAUGGGCAACUCGUCUGUGACCUUUCCCCAUUAAAUGGGGUUGGAUUUUGAAACUUAUUUUUCCUUGGAGAUGCUUGGAGGCAGUGUUCCUCCAAUAGCCCAGGCAACAUGGCUCUGCGUGUCACUUUAUUUAUUUAUUUAUUUAUUUAUUUUAUUGGUCACAACAUUAUAUAUAAGCAUAAGCAUGAAAUAACUAUACGAUAUAUAAGCAUAUAUAUCUAUAACCAUAAGUAUGUAAUAACUAUAUGAAAUUGUAUACAAUCAAAGGGAACAUUAGGACAGGAACGGUAGGCACGUUGGUGCUCUUAUGCACGCCCCUUACAGACCUCUUAGGAAUGGGGUGAGGUCGAUAGUAGACAGUUUUUGGUUGAAGCUUUGGGGAUUUUGGGAAGAGACCACAGAGUCUGGUAGUGCAUUCCAGGCAUUAACAAACUCUGUUUCUGAAGUCAUAUUUUCUGCAGUCAAGAUUGGAACGGUUCACAUUAAGCUUAAAUCUAUUGUGUGCUCGUGUAUUGUUGCAAUUGAAGCUGAAGUAGCCUUCGACGGGAUGGACGUUGUAGCAGAUGAUUCUGUGAGUUAAGCUCAGGUCAUGUCGAUGGCGGCAUCAUGCGCCAUCAUGGGUUUAUCCCAUAUAUAUUCUUGCUUUUUUUUCUCCCCCUCAACUGCGUUUAGGUUUAAAUAUGUAUAAGUUAAAGAAACACGCGGAUGCCACCAUCAAAUUAACCAACCGCACGCCGAGUUUGGACGCGCAGUGGAAACGAAAUGAAACUGUGAAAAAAAAACAACCCAAAGAAAUAAAGAUGCUAAAAGACCUCGUGA